AUGUCGCAUAUUUUAUGGAACGUGUGCUGUGAACUGGUGAGAGGUUGUCUCGAUGCUUUUAGAGGAUUAGCGUUUGUGUGGCAGCUGGAUAAGGACGAAGAGUAUGUUGUUGUUAACAGUGCGCCUCGCACGGCCCCUAGGACAGUUAUGCAGCAGAGACGAGAGCUCCGGGGCACUGUGCCACGUCCUGCUGAGCGGAUUUAUCGACGUAGGGAGCGUGUUUGGAAGCGAGUGUUCCAAUGUGUUGUUACCAAUGCAGGAAUAUGGUUACUAGUUUGGACGAUCCUGAGGUUGUGCUCAUCCGUUAGUGACGUAUCGGCUGGUCCCAUCACUAUUCUAUCACACCUGAUCGUUCUCCCAAUCUUUUUGUUUACUCGCAUUGUACUUGCUUUAUGGUUUUCUGAUAUUGCUGGAGCAUGCUUGCGCACACUAAACUUGGAUCCUCCUCCAAGUGUUGAAUUCAGCACGGCUUUAUCGGAUCUUCUUGUAUCACUGCUGCUUGGAUGUGUUUUUCUUGCACAGGGCCUGCUCGUGUCAUACCUUCCGCUACCAAGUUUUUUGUGCUCUAUUAUAUCUUUCAUUCACUUAUCUCUUCUGAAUUCGAUGUACAGCUUUGAGUAUUUCUGGUCAUCUCGCAGUGUACUACUUCAUAAGCGUAUUGAGCGCUUGGAAUCGUAUCUGCCUUAUUUUAUUGGUUUUGGUGCUCCUCUCACCUUUGUUUCUACAUUGAGUAACAAUUUCUUGCUCAAUGGAAGCGUAUUCGGAACAUUCUUUCCUUUACUAAUUAUCAGUUCUUAUAAGGUAAGUUCAUGA